GCUGUCAUUUUUUUGUGGUGGUGUCAUGUUCAUAGAUAACGGAAUGUUUUGGUUUGUAUUUUGCACGUGUUUGGUUUUAAAAUUUAAAAAUUGUUUUUUGCGAUUUUUUGGUUGUUGAUUGAAUUGAAAAAAAUGAAAUUUGUUGCAUUAUUAAGUGGCGGUAAAGAUUCUUGUUAUGCAAUGCAUUUGAUUGCACGAGAAAAUUCCGAUAAUAAAUUAGUUGCUUUAGCUAAUCUAAAACCAUCCGAAUCGGGUAAAGAAUUAGAUUCAUAUAUGUAUCAAACUGUUGGACAAGAUGUACUGGAAUUACAAGCAAAAGCACUAAAUGUUCCAUUAUAUCAGCGAAUUAUUCGAGGCAAACCGGUUAAUCAGCAAAUGGAAUAUAAUUCACCAGUUGAUGGUGAUGAAGUUGAAGAUCUUUAUGAAUUAUUAUCCGAUAUUCGUCGUGAUUUUGAAUUCGAUGCCAUUACAUGUGGUGCAAUUCAUUCCAAUUAUCAACGAUUAAGAGCUGAAAAUGUUUGUUCAAGAUUAUCAAUUAAACUUUUAUCACCACUUUGGGGAAGAAAUCAAAUAGAAUUACUCAAAGAAAUGAUUGAUUCAGGUAUUGAAGCUUUAUUGAUAAAAACUGCUGCACUCGGUCUUGAUCCACGACAAUAUUUGGGUCGAAAAAUUGAUGAAAAUUUAUUGAAAAAAUUGAUCGAAUUGAAUGAAAAAUAUCAACUUAAUGUUUGUGGUGAAGGUGGUGAAUAUGAAUCAAUGACAAUCGGUUGUCCUAUGUUUCAAAAUAAAAAGAUUAUUAUCGAUGAAUAUGAAAUUGUUGAUGAUGGUAAUGAUAAUCAAAUUGUACAGGUAUCAUAUUUAAAACCAAUUCGAAUGCAUUUAGAAUAAAAAAAUUCUCUCAUUUUUAA